AUGAGUAGGCCUCCCUUCCAAUUAAACACCCCGGUUUCCCAAUCGCAUGUACAGAGCGGAAUGUUUUCUUUCGACUAUUCGGCCAUCAAUGAAGGUGAUGUGAGAGCCAAGAAUGUUGAGCUCGGAGAAGGCUUUACGUUCUUAAAGCGGGAGCCAGUCAGACCCGGUCAAUUCUUUCAAAGGCCAGACCGCACCGAAAAAUCAAUCGACGUAAUCUCAUUAUCAGAAGGGAAUAAGAAUACAGGAAGCCCAAUACUUGAAACGGAAAGCAGACCUCUUGGGGAGUUGGUUACGACUUCUGAUUCCUGUGCCAGCAACAUGUCCAAAAAACGUCGUUCAACUGGUAUAACCGAACGCCUUACCUUAACCAACGAGAAGAAGGCUGCUGCAAUGAACAAAGUAGCUCAAAACUGGAACACCUGUAUGCAGAUUGCCGCGGAAGAACAAAACAUUGCCUCCAAGGAAAUUUUCAAGCUAAAACAAUCUAUCAGGCAGCAAGACAUAGAGCUUAGCCUUGCAAAUGGAAACUAUCAGCGCAGCCAGUCUCGUGUAGACGACCUUGAGAAUCAGCUACAAGAUAUGCAAAAGAAAUAUGCAACUAUAGAGAAUGAAAAAUCACAGUUGGAAGAAAGGUCACAAACACUUGAGGAACAACUGCAAGACUCUUGUGACAGAGUCAACAAGGUCGAAGAAAAAUGCGGCGUCUACAAAGACAAGUUGAAUGAGGCGAUACAGGAGCAACAGGAUCUACACAAGUUAUCACAGCAUCGUUGUGAUGAGCUACAAACACAGCUAUCUCAGUUGCUCGAAGAAAGAGAUGUCCGUCGCUCUGAGAUUGAUAAGGCAAUGUCUGAGAGUCAGGCGAAGAAAGAGGAAUUAGGUUUUAUUGUCGCAGCAGUUAAAGAUGAAAUAUCAAGAGAGCGCGAGAAAGGCAAAAUCAUGGAGUUACAAUUCCAAGCAAACUCCGAACGGUACGCGAGUGAUCUGGAGAAUGAGAGGUCUAAGUCGGAACUACUAAGAAGUCAACUUGAGACGUGCAUCAAUACCAGCGAUGCGGUAGAUGGUGUCAUGGACCGUGCCAAUGAAGUUGUACGCAUGGUGGAACACCUUUGUGGCAAUGCUGAUCAGGACAGCAAAAACAUCAAGCACCUGGAAGCAAAAAUCGAUACAUUGAUACAGAAGGUUUCAGAUAUAUCCCCCACCAGUAUGGCUAGCAGAGUUGCCGAUGAGGUCGAUACAAGAAUGGAGACAAGAUUUGAUUUGUUCAUGAAGUUUAUGGAUUCACGAAAAGAGUUCUUUUGCUCUGAACUUGAUUGCCGAGAUCAAAAGGUUGCGGAGCUUGGCGAGACCCUCGCUAGUAUAUCACAUGAGCUCAUCACCACUCGUGAGGUUCUGCAACAAAAUAAGAUGGAUAGUGCAGCAUCAAAAGACCUUUUAAACGAGGUUGUUAACAAUUUGGACAAGCGCAUCCAGAUAUUACUUCAAGAGGGGAAGAACGAGGCUCAGGAGAAAAUCAUCCUUCUCGAUGGACAUAUUCAAAACAUAUCAACUGCUCUCCGAGACACAAUCACGAAGAUAGAAGAUGUUGCAGCUAUACAAAGAGAUUCUGGCUCUCUGCAUGAUGAGUUAACUUCAGAAAGAAGCCUUACCAAUCGAUUGAAAGAAAAGAUAGAAGUGCUUGAAAGGGAAGUUCGCGAUGGUGAAGAUCUAAAGCAAAAGUGGAAACAAGAUGUUCAAGCAAUCGAUGACGCACGUUGUCAACUACAGAAUAUUCAAGAGAAAGUUACCAAAACAGACGAAAUCGCAGCAAAAAUGGACAGUAUGCUACGCAUUAAUAGCUGUAUCCAAGCCACAUCAGACUACUUACGUACGGAACGGACAUGGGUUCGGAAGCAGUUGGAGAAUCGUGGAGUAUCGGCUACAACAACCGCAUCAUCCAACGAAGAACUGGGCAGGAAGAGUCUUGCUCGAAAGGUUGUUCUUGCAAGCCCGAUCAAUAUUAUGCCCCGCAGCGAUUGUGUUACAGUUGAACAGGAACAGAAGCAACGCAGAGAAGGAGCCAAGCCGAAGCCGAUUUUACGACAGCAGACCAAUAUUGCUAGUAUUGAAUCUAACAAAGAGCAAAUUGAACAAAAGACAGUCAUUGAGAACAUCCGAGAUAGUCUCGUCAAGGGCAGUUCCUCCCAGAGUGGCUACUUCUUCCCAACGGUUGCCGAGUUCAUGAGCAGUAGUCUAUCAGAAAGCGAUGAGAGUCGUGACGAACCGUGCAGCAAGGAAACGGAAGAAAGUCCACUUGCGAAGAAACAGCGUCUUAAUGAUUGGGAUCCUGCAAAGGACGACAAAGGGCAUCCAACAUCGGUUUCCAGGGUGCUAUUUCGGCCAUCGGGGCGAUAGUGAUGAUUGCUUAGACGUCGGUGACGAAGCCUGUAAGUCGCCCCUACAAGGUGGCCACUGAUAUGUGUACAAGUUAUGGAAUCUGCUUGCUUGAUGAAGAUUUGCUACAAGAUUCGCUAGAUUGAUCCGAGAAACGGAUUGUAAUGUCAUGAACGAUUUGCACAGGACCACCUCA